GAAUUCCCUUUUCAAAACUUUUCACCACCCCCAUACUGGUUUCUAUAUAAACCCAUCAAGCUCUCCAGUAUUUGCUUCAUGUCAAACACUGCUCCCACAAUAUCAGAUAUCUCCUCUUGAGUUUCAGCUCUUCUUUCAUAUUUAGUUUCUCAUUGUAUUUGAUAUAUAUAGUUGCAACUUAGGUCGGUGGCGAACAUGAAGAACGGGGCUUCAGUGGUCUUGAAACAGAUCAUUGCACUGCUGACUUCCAUUGCGAAAACAAAAUCCAUGGCGGUCAAGAGCAAAACAAGUGCCUUGAAGUCUCGCAUACUGAUGUUCUCAUUCUUGAGGAGCAAGAAGGUGUUGCUCCACUCCAUAUCGGAAAAGAUUCACAGCAUUCUGGGGCAGCAUGGGGGUGAAGACGAGGUGGGUGAGCAGAGCAAGGCUGUGGUAGUCCUUCACAGUGAGGUGGAGUGGAGCCCAAGCCGCACGUAUCAGCUGGUGGAGAGAGCAGAGGAUGACGAUGGAAAGUACCCAGAUCUUACUCACUGUCUGUUUGAAGAGGAAGAGGAGGAGGUGGACAUGAGGGGUGGAUCCAUUAUAGAUAUGGUGAAGAAUGGGAAGGAGGAGGAGGGAGAGGAAUUCAGAUUGGAAGAUGAGAUUGAUCAUGUGGCUGACUUGUUUAUAACGAGGUUCCAUAAACAGAUGCGCAUGCAGAAGCUGGAGUCUUUCAAAAGAUAUCAAGAGAUGCUCCAGAGAGGCGUCUAGUUGCAGGGAAGGAGUGGUGUAUGUGAUGAUGUGAAUGGUCUUUUCGGUUUUCACCAUUAAUUUAUUAGCCAGUGAGCUGCAUCAGAGCCUGAUAUGUACUUGUGUAAAGUUUUGUUUUUCAAUAAAAAUG